AUGGUGGACGAAUUUUGGCAGCGCGGGGUGUGGCCGAAGGGUAGCAACGCAUCCUUUAUUGCUUUAAUCCCGAAGGUGGAUGCUCCACAGAAUCUGAAUGACUUCCGCCCCAUUUCUCUAAUUGGCUGUAUGUACAAGGUGAUCUCAAAGCUACUUGCUAUCAGGUUGAAGAAGGUUAUGGGUAAACUAAUUAGUGAGCAGCAGUUCGCUUUUUUAGGUGGUAGACAGAUGCUGGACAGCGUUGUGGUGGUUAAUGAGGCAAUCAAGGCAGCGAAACGAGCUAAGAAGCCGACCAUAUGCUUCAAAGUUGAUUACGAGAAGGCGUAUGACUCCGUCAGAUGGGAUUUUCUGUUAUAUAUGAUGGGUCGCAUGAAUUUCUGCAGGAAGUGGAUUAAUUGGAUCAAAAGUUGUCUAUGUUCAGCUACUGUAUCUGUUUUGGUGAACGGAAGCCCAGGAGAGGAAUUUAAUAUGGAGAAAGGGUUGCGUCAAGGGGAUCCGUUAGCUCCUUUUCUUUUCCUGAUUGUAGCUGAAGGGCUUAACAGAUUAUUUUUAUACAUCAAGCACCGGAAGUCUAUGUCAAAAAAUGCACUAUAA